UACAAUUAAGUCAGCAAUUGUUUUAGUGAAACGACGUGUGAUUGGGAGUUUAGGAAAGCAAAACAAAUCAGGACUCCGGUUGCGUCAGAAAGAAAGUUCCCGCUCUCGGUUGGUAGCAGCAGGAGUGAAGGGACCAAAGCGGUUUUCGUUUAGCAUUUAUCCCUGACAAUGAGCAGUUCAAGGGAGAGCUCCCCAGAUUGGUUGCGUUCUUUUCAGGCGCCAUCUCAUUCGCUGUUGACACUGUCCUCUGAUUCUGGGUCUUCACGUGGUGGUGGAUCUUGGAAUGAGGAUAAAACUGAUGAUGAAGGGUUUUCUCCAAAGUCAUCCAGAUUUCUGAAGGUUACCAAGAGCACGAGAAAGACACCAGAAGCUGCGAGUCCUAAAGUAGAAGAACAAACACCAUCCAAAAGAAAGAAAUUAGACAAGAAAAAGGCCAAAGGAAACAAAGAGGAAAAGGAGGCAGUGAAUGAAUCAAACAUUGACAAGCAUAUAGACCAUAAAGAAUCUAUUCAUUCAAUCUGGACACUAUCAUCAGAUUCUGAGUCAUUCCACGAUCAUAGCCCAAAAAGAGAUCAUAUUGAUCAGGUGGAAACCUCUCAGCAUGAAAUAUCAGAUGAAGGAGAGUGUGGGGAUGGACUUGUUUUUGGUAAUGAUGGAAAGUUUCCAUCCAAAAAGGGUUCAAAAGAGAAGUCUUCACAAAAACAAAUACAUGUAGAAGGUCAUACACCAGUUAAAGGGAAGGAAAUAAAGGCCAGUGCAAAGGGAAAAGGUAGUGGUGAUUUGAAAGUUGAAGAGGAAGAAACUUGUGAAAAGCCUGCUGAACCAAAUUUGCAGGUUUCCUCCGCAAGAUUGCCUUUGAUGCUUUCUGAGAAAGUUCAACGUACAAAGGCACUCAUUGAGUGUCAAGGUGACUCCAUAGAUCUGAGUGGUGAUAUGGGUGCUGUUGGACGGAUUAUAAUUUCAGAUUCACCAUCUGGGGAUCAAGAAAUGUGUUUAGACCUGAAAGGAACAAUAUACAAAACAUCUAUAGUUCCUUGCCGGACGUUUUGCGUUGUUAGCUUUGGGCAGUCAGAGGCAAAGGUUGAGGCCAUAAUGAAUGAUUUCAUACAGCUGAAGCCACAGUCUAAUCUGUAUGAAGCUGAAACUAUGGUUGAAGGGACACUGGAUGGUUUCUUCUUUGAUUCGGAUGAGGAGACUGGCAAGAUGCAGAAAUCAACCAACCAAACUGAUCAAAAUGAGAAUGUUGAGGAACAAGCUAAUGGUAAAUCCAAAGGGAAGACUGACAAAACAUCAGGUGCUGGAAAGAAAAGAGGUAGAAGUACAGGAGGAAAACCACAAGCGAAGAUAGCAAAGAAAAAAACUCCAGGUUCCAAAAAGGCAAAGACCAAGAAAUGAGUCAAAGAAGCUCUCGGUAAUUUCUUGUAUAUGCCAUGAACCAAUAUAACUCAAUCCUUGGUUUAAAAGUAGAGACGCUGAAUUACUUUGCCCAUGACAAAGAUGGUGAUAGUAGAAUAGCUGCUGUUAGAAUUCUUCUCAAACCACACACAGAAGAAUUGAAAGCUUGUGAUCUGACGAAUGAGUUCUCACAAAUUCCUUACUAUGUUUAUCAUUUUCAGGCCUGUUUCAGUAUUACUCACUGUAGUUUCUUUUCCAGUGAAUAUUAUUUUUUAUUUUUUUUCUUUUAAUUGAUCUGCAUUACCUGGCUACUAUCAUCUAGAAGGGUCACUUUGUUCAUUAAAUUUCUGCAGAACAUGUACUAUGGAAUAUGUGAGAGAAUGAAUUUGAGGAUUCUUAUAUUCCUGUUUACAUUGCAAAGGACUAGUUGUUUCCUUCUUA